AUGGACCAUCCAGUGGAACUUGUUGAUCCUCAGCCUCACUCACCAGAGAUGGACGAUCCAAUGGACUGUGUUGAUCCUGAGCCUCAGCCUCAGCCUCAAAUUCCAAUGCACUCUCAACACCCACUCCAAUUCGAGGGACUGCGCAAGAUAAGUGAGGCAGAGAUUGGCAUUAUUGUCGGAGAAUCGGCCCUUGAGCAAGUUCAGACUAGGCCUCAGUUCGGCGGUGGUGGUUAUUUCUUAUCUAGUGAUAAAUUUGUGACUUCGCUCGUUUGGCGUGCAGAUUUCAUCGGAUUGCCUUUUGUUCAAGUAUUGUGUAACGGUUCAUGGAGGCUUUUCUUUGGUGCCAUUAGGAACCAAUACGACCAUCUUCUUUGCUGGGAUUACGCAGCCACCGACUUGGCCAGCGCCGAGAGUAUUAUUUGCGGGUGGGAAUCUCAUUAUUUUCCUCUUUCUGCUUGGCAUGUCUGCGCCAAUUGCCGUCCAGAUCUUCUUGGAAAAGACCAUAGCGCAAAGAUUGGACAUCGUUGUUAUGGUUAUCUCGUGGAGUUUGCUUUAAGACACAUACAAAUUCACGGUGUUCCACGAGAGAUUAUGCCCUUAUUUCGCUGCGAUGUGACGCCUCCUAUACCUCUCGACAUUCCUCUUCCUAUAAGGUUUAAUGAAAGGAUACGAGCUGUUCGGCGUUUGGAAACUUUAGAAGAAGCUUUGUUUUAUCUUCCAAAUCACCCAAUAGGGGCAGAUGUCAUUGUCUACCCUGAAUUGUUCGAAGCGGGAACUACAAUAUAUCAUGGUCCGGGAUCACCCAAGAAGACUGGUUUUUUGGGAUAUCAUGCCGUGAUUAUCGAGUCAGUUUUUCAGCUUUUAGGAGAUCUUGUGGCUGUGUGCAGGAUGUCGAAUGGGGAUGAGGUUGCUCAUUGUGGAUAUGCCUAUGUAUCUCUGACAACCAUGUAUAUGAUUGUUGGACUCGAUGCUUGUCAAGAACCCUAUGUUCGGAAAACACCUAAGCCAAUGCAUUUGUUAUCCAAUUUUGUGAUCCUAGAGAUGCAUAAAAAUUCAGAGAAAAGUCAAGAGGACUCUAGCAUUAUAGGUACUGGAGACGUCCAAAGUCCUAUAAUCAAUCAAGAUGUGAGGACUGGUGCUGGUAUGCCAGUUUCUAAGGAUUUUCUGAAAGGAGCUGACAAGAACGUCUCAGCUUGUCUAUUUGAUCACCCAAAGGACAUGGAUGGUGCAGAACGUAUGCGUCAGAUCAAACCCACAGUUCAAUCCAAGUAUAAAGACUGA